UUUGCGAGACUAAAGUACACGAUGCAUGGUCAGAUGACCGACUUGCCAACUGAAACAUAACUUUUUUCUGGAUAUACCUCGCUUGCUCUUAAACGAGAGUCAUGGGACAGAAUCAGUCGUCAGCCAUGUCUGCCUAUGUCCCAGUAAAGUUCGAUUGGAAAGAAUACCAAUAUAUAAAGACUCUUGGCGCUGGGGGUUUUGGCGAAGUGUACUUGGUCACCGACGUAAAAACACAUGUAAAAUUCGCCUUAAAGAAGAUAAAAUGUGGAUCCAAUGAUGAUCUCGAGAACGUCAUGCAAGAGUUGAAAUCUAUGAGCAAACUAAAACACCAUAACAUCAUGGCAAUGUAUGAAACACGUUGCAAGCAGAAGGAUGAUUUCUGGGCUGAAAUUUACAUGAUCUUCGAGUAUUGUUGUGGCGGAACUCUUAACGACCGACUGGACAAACCAAGUUCUAAAGCUCUCGAUGUUAAAUGGAUGCAACAAUUAUCCGAAGCUGUGGCCUACAUACACGCCUUAGAGCUUGUACAUCGUGAUUUGAAACCCGACAACGUCCUUAUGGACGCGAACGAUAACGUUAAAAUCGGUGAUUUUGGCCUAUCGUGCGAUUUCGUCGCGGCGAAACGAAAAGACCAGAGCUGGGAGAAAUACUACAUGACCACGCAGUGCGGAACGUUAUUUUACAUGGCACCAGAAGUUUUCAACGGCCAUUACACGGAGAAAGCUGAUGUUUUUGCAUUAGGUGUUCUUAUGUACAUUAUAGUUGAACGAAGUUGUGCGGAAAUUAACGGAAUGAAAUUUUACGGCAUUUUUAUACGUGUGGACGAGUUCGAUCGGGCACCAUUAGGAAUGCAAAUGUAUUCAGAUAAUGCAGGACUCAAAGUGCCGUUUUCAAAAAGUAGUCCUAAAAUGGCUCAAAUUGUUGGUUCUGCUCUGUUUUUCGAUCAAAAGAAGCGUGCAUCAGCGUCUACUAUCAAUGGAAAGUUGCAAGAUUACGCGAAAGAAUUGUGAUUUGAUGAUUUUUAUAAUUCCAAGCAUCAAUUAAUAUGAAUUUGCAGUUUCGUUUUCCGGAUUCUGCGAAAACAGCUUCAAGGGAAAUCCCCUUACAACUUAUUAAAAUGUGAUUGAAGACUUAAUCUCUGACGUAACUGUAAAAGAUUUAUUUUAUAAUCAUUAUAAAUGCAAGAUUAUAUAUUUUAAUAUCUAUACGAAUAUGUUGCAGAUAAAUGUGUAAAUGCGAAUUUUUUUUUAAAUGCACGAUUAUGGACCUGGCGAACCUAUAUGUGGUUAGCGAGUAAUAUAUAUCUAUGUAUUGUAAUAGAAGUAUAACCAAAAUAUUUUUACUUGGAAAAAGAUUGUGAAAGUAAAAUUUUCCUGGAGAUUGGAAAUUGACAUGA